UAAACAGAUGGCAAGAGUUUUUUUUUAAAGCUUAAAAUAAGAAUCAUUUCAAAAAGCUAAUCAUUUGUCACUUUCUCCUCUUCCUUUACCUAUCAUCCAAACCCAAAGCAAACGCUACUUUCCUUUUAAUAUAUUAGUGUCACAAAUCUCCAACAUCAUCGACAGGCGACUACACAGAAAAAAUGCAAGAUCCACGCAAUCACGUCCCAUCCUCUCCCACCAUCUCCUCCGUCUCUUCCUCCGAUCUUGAUACAGAGUCUACAGGAUCCUUCUUCCAUGACAGAAGCAUCACACUUGGAACUCUUAUGGGACUUAGUUUCACAGCAGCAACCAUGCCCAUGAUGCCUUUCAGAGCUUCUUCCCACCGCCACGUGUCACCCUCCCUCACAGCCUCCGACGCAACGAGACCCAACCAGAGGAAACGUCCUCCUUCUAACUCGGCUGAGAGACAUCGACGCCGCAAGUGGUGGCGUUUUUGCCGAGACGACGACGAUGGCCCCGGAAACGGGUUGCAACGUGGAGCCGGAGACUGUAGUAGACGUUCGUCUCUCGGGGAGUAUCUGGAGGUUGAACGGAGGUUUGGAGAUGAAGCCGUCUACGGCUCCGCAGAGGCGGAGCUAGAGGGUGCGGUGGCGCGUUACCGGGAACAGCAGCCGGCGGUGGCGGAACGGGCGUUGUUCGCCGAUGGGAGGGUACUUCCUCCGGCUUCUGCUGAGAUUGUUACCGGAGAAAGUACACCGGUGGCUACGGCACUUUGUAGAUUCCCGGUUUCCUUAACCGGUAUAUGCAGCGGAGGGCGAUGAUAGGAUCCGUCGUCGGUCCAUGUGCUUAUUUAUUUCUUUUAAAAGAAUUUGUUGUGUUCAGUAAUCUUUAGGAUCGUAAUAAUCAUUGUUAGUGGAGAAAAUGUGAUGAAGUUUAAUAACAGCAACACAUAUAGUCAA